CGCACGAUGCACACGACAGCUCAACUGGACAGUCUGGAGCAGAAACGCUCCUCGGCCAGCCUGAUCUUCCGGAUUGAGCAGCUGCUUCCGAGCACCAGUCUCUCGCCGAGCACAACCAUUAGCACCGCCUCCUCCUCCUUGGCGGCCACGCCAAGUACACCCACAACGAGCACUGCACCGAGUCCAGCCAAGAGGGUGAGGAGUAAUCCCCGCCCUGGGGUCUACACAGCCCAGUAUACGCCCAAGGAUACCUGCUCUAUUCCCGUGCCUACUUCGGCCCUGCUUAGCUCUACGGCCACGCCCACGGACGGAGGACGAAGCCACUGUCAGAUGGCCAAUGGCGAACUGAUCGUAUCUGCCUCGCUGCUGCGGCAGAUCAAGCUCUCCGAGGAUGUGUACAGCUUCAAUGCCAUCUUUGAGCUGCAGGGCGGCCAGGUGCGAGUGCGCCUGGUGAGGGAUGUGGCACGGGAGGACGAGAUCGUGGCCUGGUUUGGCGAGGAGCUAGUGCUCCUGAUGGGCAUACCCUUCCUGACGCCCCUAAAUAUACAAGGAAACAGUCGCUAUACCUGCCACCUUUGCCACCUCACCUUUGAGACUCCACAUCCCCUGAAGAUCCACCUGGCCCUCGGCUGUGGACGCAGUGCCAUGGACAUCUUAUGGAUGCGCCUUCACUAUGCCUUAAAGGCAGCUGCCAGAAGUCAGACAGUCGUCACCCAGGGCUCACCCACUCCGGCAGCCUCGUCCACCUCUUCGACUUCGCCCUCGCAUUCGCCACCGCCACCACCUCCUCAGAUGCCGCCCCGCUUCUCCGCCUUCCGACCGAUCGCCGCCCUGGCCCAGGGAUUGCCCUUGACGACGGCGACGAGUACAACGGGUCCUCUGUCCUAUCUGCCCUCCAUUUCAAUGGCCAGUGCCACCCCGUUGGCCGCGCAUCCAAUGAACGCGGCUGCCCAGAUCGAGGCCAUAGUCAGCAAUAUGGGUGCCUCCAAGCAAGGUCACCUGUGCAUCUACUGCGGCAAGGUGUACUCCAGGAAGUAUGGCCUUAAGAUCCACAUACGUACCCAUACGGGAUUUAAGCCGCUCAAGUGCAAGUUUUGCCUGCGACCCUUUGGCGAUCCAAGCAAUCUCAACAAGCAUGUGCGUCUUCACCUGCAAACUCAUCCUGGCAGCGGCACGGGAGCAGGAGAAGGUGGAGGAGCCAGUGGAGCUGGCAGCGAUGUAGAUAUUGAGGGGGAAGCGGAUGCUGGUUACCAGUGCCAUCUCUGUAACAAGACCUUUCCGAGGAGAAGGGAUUUGCAGCGGCACAUGGAGACGCGGCAUGGUGGCUCUAGUCAGUCCAGCUCUCAGUCCAGCAGCACUAGUACUAGCACCUUGACCACGAUGACGGGCGGCUCUAGGGUAGCCACUGCCUCCACUUCCAAAUCGAGCUGAUCUUGUGUUUAUGGCGAUCUUUUUGAGGCAAUGCUGUGAUAGGAAAUUAAAAUAAAACUGGGACUAUCUCUA